UUAAUGCAUGCCUUGAUAGUGAUCCAUUAAAACGACCAACUACAAGAGAACUAGUUAAUGUUUUUGAUUUUUAUGAAAGAGCAUUUAAAAAAGACAAUUGUGUUAUAUCUGAGAAAGUAAACCUUUCAUUAAACAUUAAAAAUCAUUUAAAAAUGCAGAUAAGAUUCCAUUUGAAUCAAUUGCAACACAUCCGGAUGCUUUUAUUUUGGUAG